CAACUUCUCCCUUUUUGUGCCAUUUUUAAAACAUAAACUUGAACAUGGCAAUUUUUUCAUAGAAUGGCAAAAGUCCAUGGCAAUUUUGUUGUGCAAAAGACCCGUGUUUAUUAUUCACAGAAAAACUGGGCUUUUUACUUGUCAUAACUUAAUAUGGGCUUUAUGUUUCAUUUUUCUUUUCACAGGAAUAAGGCCUCCAGGGCCUGGUGCGUGGGUUGUUCGGGCUGGGGCGCUCUAUUCCCGAACUGAGUUGUUCGAUCGAUGCCCCUCUUGUCCCGAACGUUCGGACUGGGAGCAACCUAAACGGAACGGUCGGGAGUUAUCGACGUCCUUUGAAAAUGGGCUUUAUGUAGCCCGUCCUACGCCGGGCAUUUUCGUGUUUGGACUUUGGAGGGGGUACUGAAACCGAGGGAAUCGCAAAAACCGCGGAAGCUGAGGGUGGGCGGUUGGCCACUGCUGCCUUGAAUUGAAUUGACGAGUCUGCUACCGUCCCGCAUUCACGAGCAGAGUGAAGGAGGGGGAAGGAAGCAGAAUCCAGAAGGGGAAAUGGCGGAAUCGAACUCGUACGAGGAGCAGCGCCGGAGGCAGAUGGAGGAGAACCGCCGGAAGCUGGAGGAGCUCCGCCUGCACCACCUCUCCGCCGCCGUCCGCGAGGCCGCCGCCAGGCCCAAGCCCAAGCCCAACCCCAGGCCGAAGCGCAAGGCCCCGGAGCCCGGCGAGCUCCGGCGGUCCGGCCGCGUCGCCGGCCUCCCGGAGCAGCCCAGCUACCUCGAGGGCGCACGGCAGCGCGACCACCAGGGAAUGUACGCCGCAUAUGGCGCUACUAUUUGGAAAGGACCGACCGACGAACAGAGGGCCGCCGCCGCCGCCAAACAAAAGGCGGAGGAGCUCCAGCGCCGGAUUCACGGCAUCCUCUGGCCCGCCUUCGUCAAGCCCAUCACCCACGACUGCGCCAGCAGGGCAGCCGUGAUGACAAUCCCCAAGCACUUCAUCCAGCAUCUCCCGGCGCACGACGAGGCGGUCGUCUUGGUGGAUGAGGCUGGUGACGAGUUCCACAUGCUGUACAAUGCCAGCAAACUGGGCAGACACUGCUACCUCAGCCAGGGGUGGAGACGGUUCGCCGCCCACCAUGACCUCGCCGAUGGCGAUUGCUUGGUUUUCCAACUCACAGACGGGACAAAGUUCAAGGUUUACAUAAUUAGGGCAAGUUCAGGUUAUGGAAAUGACCAAACUUCUGACGAUGAGGACGAACACUAAUGAAGUUGUGUGCUUCUGAAUUCUGAUACAAUGAUUGAUCGGGGCAGUUUGCUAGAGAAGCAAUUUCUUCUCUAUGCUGGAGACUGCUGCAAUUUCGUGCUGGUUGCAUGUAGAGUCGUCGCACUCUCGGUCUCGGUGUAGCAGGAUUUUUAACCUAGAUAGGUCCAUAGGAGUAGUAGGUAGCAGACCUUGUAUGAGCUGAACAAUGAACUAAAUGCUUCUAGCCUGAUGAUGGUCUCGAGUGCAUUUUUCAUUCACCCACAAAAAGAAAGUGCAUUUUUCAUGGUCGAGAUUCUGCUGCAACUCCAGCUUCGUGCUGGUUGCGUCAUGUCGAGUCAUCGCAUUCCGACCUUGUAUGCACUACAAAAAAAAAUGCACUUCCGUGAUGAUACGUGUUUGUCACAGUAGGUCGCGUUUUCUGUCAUGUAUGUACAUCCAUGACAAAUUUAUGA